AUUCGGCCCACAUACUCAUCGUCAACCCCAAGUCAGUCUGCAAUUUCUCACUCCGGGUCACUCUUUUCCCUGACGAACAAACGGCUCAAAAUUUCCUAAAACCCUGAUUAUUAUUAUUUUUUUUUUGUAUUUUCCAUUCAAAUCCCUCUACAAAGUUCGGACCUUUGGAGCCGAAAACUACAGAAAUGCUCUCUUCAGCAACCUCUCGACUCCUGAGACCUUUCCUUCUCCUCCGUCUCCGCCAAGCUCAAAUCCUCUUGCAUUCUUCGGUUCCUCACCCUGUUUCCUCCAAACCCUUUUCAACUCACACCCCCACCGACCCGGAACCCCAAUCAAAACCCACUAUAUACGACCACACCGCCGUCCGCGAGACGCUUUCUUCAUACUGCAACGACUGGAAGAAAGCCCUGGACUUCUUCACCUGGCUGGAAACUGACUGCCACUUCCAGCACACCACCGAGACAUACAAUCGGAUGCUCGACAUUCUCGGUAAGUUCUUCGAAUUCGAGCUUUCAUGGAACUUGAUUAACAAAAUGAAGCACAACCCAGAAACUGUUCCGAAUUAUACUACAUUUCGUGUAUUGUUUAAGAGAUAUGUGUCUGCCCACCUUGUGAAUGAAGCUAUAGAUGUUUAUAAUAGAUUGGAAGAGUUUGGUUUGAAGGAUGAGACUUCUUAUUGUAUUCUUAUUGAUGCGCUUUGCGAGUAUAAGCAUGUGAUUGAGGCCCAAGAAUUGUGUUUUUGGAAGAACAAAGAUUUGGGUUUUGAUAAGAGUACUAAGAUACAUAAUUUACUUCUUCGCGGGUGGUUUCGAAUGGGGUGGUGGCGCAAGUGUAGGGACUUUUGGGAGGAGAUGGAUCGGAGAGGUGUGUGUAAAGAUUUGCAUUCGUAUUCAGUAUAUAUGGAUAUAUUGUGCAAGAGUGGAAAGCCGUGGAAGGCUGUGAAGUUGUAUAAGGAGAUGAAGAGCAAAGGGAUCAAACUGGAUGUGGUGGCGUAUAAUACGGUUAUUCGUGCCAUUGGUCUUUCUGACGGUGUUGAUUUUUCAAAGAGGCUGUUGAGGGAGAUGAAGGAACUGGGGUGUGAACCCAAUGUUGGGACGUAUAAUACAGUUGUAAAGCUUUUGUGCGAGAAUGGGAGAUAUAAGGAGGCGUUCUCGAUGCUUUAUCAAAUGCCUAAGUUGGGUUGUGUUCCGGACGUGAUCACUUAUCAUUGCAUUUUUAAGCAUCUAGAGAAGCCAAAUGAGAUUCUUAGACUAUUUGACAGGAUGAUUGAAAGUGGGGUUCAACCAAGGAUGGACACUUUUGUGAUGCUUAUGAGGAAGUUUGGGAGAUGGGGAUUCCUCAGACCAAUGUUUCUUGUGUGGGAUAGGAUGGAUAAACUUGGGUGUAGUCCUGAUGGGUCUGCUUACAAUGCUUUAAUUGAUGCUCUGGUGGAGAAAGGUAUGUUAGACAUGGCUAGGCAUUAUGAGGAAGAGAUGCUAGCAAGGGGGCUUUCAGCUAAGCCAAGGAAGGAGUUGGGAACGAAACUCGUGACCAGUGAUGAUGGGUAGUUGCAAUAUGAUUUCUACACCAGCAAUCCCAAUAUGAUUUCUUCAGCAUCUAAAUUACUGACAUGAGUAUCUGGAAUACACAGUUUUCCACCUGCAUCUUUCUAUCGAAAUGCAAAUGGAAGCUAAGGAAUACCACCUGAGGAAUCAGUAUUAGCAGCUUCAGCUACCAAAAUGUGUAGUUCUCACCUAAGGAACUAGUGAUAACUUUAAACCAUUGCGUGUCCGUUCUAAAGAGAUGGGCAAGAUAUCAUGUCUUUGUGGUGUUAUCCCCUGAGAUUAUCUUUGGUUGCAAACUGAAUUCUAGUAAAUAAAGAUACAUAUGAUCGGUACAUGUUCUUCAACAUGCUGGACGAGCUGGAAGAACUCAUCUUGUGAAAUGCCAUCGGUUAUAUCUUCCAUGGUUUACCGAGUUCCAGAAGUUCAGUGUUCAUCUCAUGCCGGAAGUGUUAUUUAUUCGAACUGUUUAAUUUUCUUGAUUCUCCUUCCUGCAAGUCUAAUUUCUUCUUCAGUCCUUUUCUUCUCUUUUCAGCCUUUCAGGCAUACAAUUAGAGUUCCUAAAAGAAAUAAUAAAAAUUCAUGUCAUUACCAACUG